UGCACCAAUUUAGGGUUAGGGUUUGAGCUGAUCGAUGGUACGAGAGCUCUGAUCGAGCGCGCUAGCGUGUGAGCAGCGGGCUAGGGGUUCCAGCGUAAGUUCUCUCCGCGGCUUGGAAAUGCGGCGCCUUUGCUUGAUGCAUUGAUCCAGCAUUCUCUAGAAUCUGAGGCCUUGGCGCGCUAGAUUUUGGCUCUCCCCGGUAUUCCGAUAUGCAUGCAGCUUGAUUUCCAGGGGCGCUGGGGCUGAAUCGGUGCGCGGCGCGGCACAGGGUUUGCAGCGAGGGAUGAAUCACCCGCGAUCGUUUGGGAGCAACGGGGUCGGACGUCGCAGCCCGGCACAUCGAUCGGAUGCCCCGAAUUGGAGGUCUGGUGCCGGAGCUCCUCCGGUGCGCUCCUCUUCUGGCUUACAGAAUCAUGUCAGUAGCAACAGCUCGAGUCCGCCCAGCACUGGAAGGCCUUCUUCCGCUAUCGAAGAUGAGGAGCUGAGGGGUGGAGCUCACGACGUCCAUGGCCGUCUCCUCUAUCUCACGAUGUGCUUAGUUGGGCAGUUCGUCGAGGUCCAGCUCAAGGAUGGCUCGGUCUUUUCGGGGAUUUUUCACACUGCGAAUAUGGAUAAAGAUUUCGGAGUGGUUCUUAAGAUGGCCAGGCUCACAAAGGAAGCCGGCGGGAAAUCUGGAAAGGGUGACGCUGUGAAGCAGGCUGCACGGAAACCACCGACGAAAUCGCUUAUCAUUUACGCAAAAGAUCUAGUGCAGAUCGAUGCUAAGGAUGUUUCUCUCACCGGGGAAUACCUUCCGAAUGGUCGUUCUCGCGAAAAUAAGAACGAGCUUCUGACUGAUUCAUUUAUCUCCCAAAACCGACGCGAUACGGAGAGGGAAUUGAAGCCUUGGAAGCCUGACAGCGAAGCUCCGAGAAAUCUGGGACUGGACACUACCUUCCAGAACUCUUGGAACAGAAAUUGGGAUCAGUUCGAAACAAACAAAGCCUUGUUCGGAGUUGAAACCACAUUUGACGAGGAGUUGUAUACAACAAAGCUGGAGAAGGGUCCUCAAACGAGGGAACGAGAAAGAGAGGCCUCCAGGCUAGCGAGAGAAAUCGAGGGUGAUUCAACGAGGAACAAUCACUUGGCUGAGGAUCGUGGCGUCUCGGACGCCGAGCUGGAUACUCUUGAUGAAGAAAGUAGGUUCUCUUCGGUCUUGAGAUCGCAUACCGAGGGUGAUGGAGAAGAUGAUCACCACAAGGCCGCAAACAGCUGGAAUGAAGAAACUUUUGGUAGCGUCUCUGGAUCGACUGAAAGCAAUGUCAGUACGCCUACGGCAGUGGAGCGGCCUCUGCAGGAUUCGUCUCAGCAGGUUCCAGCAACAUCGUCACCACGGUCAUCUGCAUCAGCUAGUGAUGCUGGUCUUCAGGCACUAAAUCUAAAUACCAGCGUUUCUGAAGAAGUGUUGAGGGACUUCCGCGACUUCAAGGAAACUACGAAGAAAGGAAAGAAGGAUCAAGUCAAUGAGCUCAAACACUUCAGCGAGAACUUUAAGGAGAGAACUGUGAAGGACUUCGAUGGUCGUCUUCCAAAAUCAUCAUCUGCUGCCGCAAAAUUAUCAGAUGAUUUGAGGCCUGGGGAUGCAAAACCGAGUCUGCCAACAAUAUCUCCACCACCUGCGUCUGCCUUACCUAUUCCAGUAGGCCUUAGUAGCUCAAGCUCGGGCACGAACUCCGUUUCAUCUUCUCGGCCACGUAGUCCGAUCAAGCCAGCUGCACCGAAAGCGUCCGAGUCUCCCUCGCCAGAAAUCGAAGCAGACAGGCCAUCCACACCGGCUGCUCCAGCAUCUGCUGCCAACAAUUCUGCUACGGGCAACAAGAAGUCGUUGUUAAAUCCGAACGCAAAGGAGUUUAAGCUAAAUCCGAAUGCAAAGGUGUUCACGCCGAGCUUUCCCCCAGCAAGGCCGGCUUCUCCAAUCAAUCCGAGUCCAAUCUACGUGCCCGCGGGAGUUCCGGUUGCCCCGAUGCAAGGAAUGCCCGUGUACAUGCAGCAGCCCGGACAACCGGCUCAAUAUACGCAGUACAAUAACACCAUGGCUGCGACUGGUGUCACGACUUCGCCUUACAUUCAACCUUCUGCGACUUUCAUUCCAGGUCCUGCUGGUCCUCCGAUUAAGUUGCCUCCACAAACACAAGCACAGGUUGGUGCAAGUCCCUACGGACAGCAACAGGCAAUACGCUAUAUGCCUCCAACGAUGCAACCUACACCCGCUUAUCCUCAUCCAAACCAGUAUCCACAGCAAGUCAUCUAUGGACAACCUCCCCUCGUUUACAUCCACCAAUAUCCUCAGGCUAUGAUGCAAGGACAACCGCUGCAGAUGCAGCAAGGACCGCUUGGACCUCCUUCGCAACUCUCGCAGCCUCAGACAGGAGGUGAAGGAUUGCAUUCCAACGUUUUGGUAGGACAAUCUCCUCCUCUCCAGUCUCCACUCCACAGCCCAGUUCCUCGAUCGCAAGCGGUGCCAGUGUCGGUAGCAAGCUCCAGCGGUGCUUGGACUGGUUAAACGGGAAGUGACGAUGAAGAAAUAGUGAGAGAGGGAGAGCGAGACGCGAGAGAGAAAAGUGUGUGAGAGCUAACAUGAGAAGGAGAGUUUUUGAUCGGUUUUGCUGAGAGCAGUGUAAUUAAAUCGUGGAAACUAAUACUAACUUUGGUAGGCUUAGUGUAAGAAA